AUGGGCAAACCCGCCCGGGCGGAGGACACCCCUUCCCCCGGCCGCCCGCACCUCUGCUGUGCGACCCCUCCCACUUUCUUCGGCCGGUCGCCCCCCCUGGCCCGGGCCGAGGGGGAAACUGAGGCGGAGGCGCGGAUCCCCCCUUCAGGGCCCCGGGACCUGUCGGAGGCGCCCCCCUGCAGCCCAGGCCCCGGGCCGCAGUCGCCGGGCGGGACCCCCGAACACUCGUCCGGCUACGAGAGCGACAGUCCGGCCGUGGGGGUCUCCAGGGCCCGCCUGGGCCAGAAGGACCAGCCGGGCCGGGGCCACCGGAGCCAGCCGGUCCUGGCCCAGACAGUCCUGGGCCAGAGGGGCCAGCCGGUCCUGGGCCAGCGGGGCCAGUCGGUCCUGGAUCAGGAGGGCCAACCAGUCCUGGGCCAGCCGGUCCAGAACCAGCGGAGCCAGCCAGUCCUGGGCCAGAGGGUCCAGCCGGUCCUGGGCCAGAGGGGCCAACCGGUCCUGGGCCAACUGGUCCUGUGCCAGCCGGUCCUGGGCCAGGAGGGCCAGUCGGUCCUGGAUCAGGAGGGCCAACCAGCCCUGGGCCAGCCGGUCCAGAACCAGCGGAGCCAGCCAGUCCUGGGCCAGCAGGGCCAGUCGGUCCUGGACCAGGAGGGCCAACCAGUCCUGGGCCUCCAGGUCCAGCCGGGCCUGGGUCAGCAAGACCAGCCAGUCCUGGGCCAGCAAGACCAGCCAGUCCUGGGCCAGGAGGGCCAGCCGGGCCCGGGCCAGCCGGUCCUGGUCGGGGUCCAGGGCUCGGAGGGGCCUCCCCCGCCUCGCCGAGCGCGCACCGCCUUCAGCCCGGCCCAGGUCUGCCUCCUGGAGAAAACCUUUAAAGGCCAGCGGUACUUGGGGAUCGGCGACAGGAAGAAGCUGGCCACCAACCUCAACCUGUCCGAAGUCCAGGUCAAGACCUGGUUCCAGAACCGCCGUAUGAAGCUCAAGAGGCAGCUACAAGAUUUCCGGCAUAGCCUCCUGCCUGCAGCCACCUUUCCCCCUUUCAUCAGCCACAGCGAAGGAAGCCUGCAAAACUACCCCGGCUAUCCUCUGCUCCAUCAGCAACCGAGUCUGCCCUUUUCCUCAAAGCCUGUUCUCCAACUCAGCCCUCCCUCUUUUCAGCUCUUUGACUCUCCCCCCAACAGGUCCCUCAGUCCCCGGAUCGUCCCCGAACUGCCUUAUUACCGUCAAACCUUCCUCCCUCAGUUAUCCGUUCAUCCUCUUUCCCUGAACAGAGUGGACUAUAGACAGUUUCACCCUUUCCACAGCCUAUAACCCAAGCCCUAAAAGAUGUGAUUGAAGGAAGGAUGUAGCAUUAAUUUAUUAACGUAUGGAUGAAUAAACCAUCUGAGAUUUUUAUUUGA